UCACUUGUCAAAACAAGGAGGUUCAUUCAAAUAAAAUCAUUUGCAAAGAUAACUCCACACUUGUGAAUCUAAAUUUUACAUAAGUGAGCAGUUAAAAUUCUUUAAAACCAAUGAAAUCCCAAAUGUUGUACCUGAUUAUUGUGAUUGUAUUUAAGUUUGCGGCUGCUUCCAAUAAUACAACAGAACCUUGUGAGAAUAUUCACAACACUGGAUGCAAGAUUCUUGACCAGUAUUUGUCAACCAUUAAAGGAGUUGAAAGCUGCUCUCGAGCAAAUUUUAAGGAGCACUGCCCUGGCCUUUGCCCUCCUUGUCAACAAAUGGAAACAAGUGAGACUCCAGAAUGUUUUGACAAUGUAGCGGAAAACUGUGAAUUGGAAGCUAUGAAUUUUCAAACUCUGAAUCCUGGAUCUGAGGAAUGUAAAGAUGUUCAUUUUUACUUGGUCUGCAAUAAGUACUGUACAAAGUGCAAAAACGAUUGGUGGAGUCAUUUUAUAUCAACGCUACUCAAAAAUAAUGAAGAGGAUUCAACUACAUCAACAACGUUCAGCAUCCUAAGCUCUACGGUCAAAAAUGAUGUUUCCAUUGAUUCUGAGAACACUACAUCAACUGAAAUAUCAUCUACAACAGCAACAUCUCAGGCUGAUGACAGCAAUUCUUCAUCUUCUACCACAUCCUCCUCUGUAUCUACAACUUCUCACUGUUCAUCUGCAACUUCUUCCACAACAUCUUCUUCUGCUUCUUUAUCUUCAACUACAUUUUCUCCUUCUCCAACUUUAUCAACUACAUCAUCAGCAACUUCAUUAUCUUCCACUACUGCAUCUACAACAUUAUCUUUUACAACAUCUUUCUUCUCUACAAUAUCUCCAACUUCAUCUAUGAUAACAACAUUAUCUAUGUCUGAAUCAUCUUCUACUUUAUCUUCUUCUUCCACUGACCCAUCUCUAACUUCCUCCUUCUCUACAUCAUCUUCAACUUCAUCUUUGUCAACAACAUUAUCAUCUUCUUCUAUAUCUUCCUCUUCCACUGACUCAUCUCUAUCAUCCUCCUCCACUACAUCAUCUUCAACUUCAUCUUUGUCAACUACAUUAUCUACAAUAUUAUCAUCUACUACAAUAUCUUCCUCUUCCACUAACUCAUCACUAUCAUCCUCGUCCUCUACAUCCUCCUCCAUUCUUUCAUCCACAUCAACCGAAUCAAUUACUUCAACCUCAUCUAGUCCUCAAGGAAGCACAGUGGAUAAUCUAGAAAGCACUAUAGAAAAUAUCAUUAAUGAAAUUGAAGAAAAUAACAGUACAUGUAUAGAUGCUCUCCCAGAUUGUCCCACUUUCAUGGCCCGCAUCACCAUCAUGUUCCCAGGCCCUUCAGCUUGCUCCAGAUCUAUAAUCACCUCAGUGUGUCAAAAAAGUUGUAAUUUAUGUAUGUUCCAGGAGUUAAAUGGUGGUAAAAUUCCUGUUGGGUGGAUCACAGAACUAAUUGAUCAUUUUCAACCAAAGCCUUAAAGAUAUGUAAUCAAAUGUGAUGAAAUAAAAGCUUACUGUAAAAUUCAAUAAAAGAAAUCUGAUUUGAA